AGUUCGCCAUGAUCACUCUGAGUCUUUGUACGCUGCUUUUGGGCGUAUCCCUCGCCUUUGAGGGCAAACAAGACCCGGCGCCGCUACCCGACGUCAGAGGUCACGAGACAUAUCGCCAGAUAGAGCCCAAACGUUUGGAACUGCAAGAUGAAAAGGCAACAUACGUUCUUCCCCCCAACACUUACUACUUCACCUCACCCAACUACCCGUACAACUACCCAAACAACUACUUUCAGAGAUGGAUUAUUAUGGGUGACCAGGGUCAAGUGAUCUCACUCAUAUGCAACUACUAUAAUGACUUUGAUGUCGAGUACCAUCCGUCCUGCUACUAUGAUUUCCUGAAAAUCAAUGGCGUCAAAUAUUGCAACGGUCGUCCACCAUCCAGCUCGGUGGACAGUGACGAGCUGAGGGUCGUGUUCAGAACCGACUACAGCGUCCGGAACACAGGGUUCUACUGUCUGGUCAUCGUUCCGGAGGCGGGCGGAGCCACCACAACGACGGCAGCCACCACCACGACAGCGGCCACCACAACGACGGCAGCCACUACCACGACGGCAGCCACCACCACGACGACGGCCUCGACGACGACCUCCGCUCCGUCCGGUGACCAGUGCUGCGGCAUCGCCAACCGGGCCACCCGUAUCGUCGGCGGCGUGCCCACGGAGGUCAACGAGUACCCGUGGCAGGUGGGUCUGGUCAACGCCGGCAACAAUCGUCCUUGGUGCGGUGGCACCCUCAUCAACGACCGCUGGGUGCUGACGGCCGCCCACUGCACUGAACGCCAGACGGCCGGAAACCUCCAGGUUCUGCUCCGCAAGCACAAUCUCGAUUCCGACGCCAACCAGGUUCGCAAAAAUGUGGCGCAAAUUGUUAAUCAUCCUUCUUAUAACUCCGCUACCCUUACGCACGACUUCUCGCUGCUGGAACUCUCAGUUCCCAUUGAUUUUUCGACCUUUGAUAACUUGGUGGCGCCAGCCUGCCUUCCCGCAGACAACAACGCCUUCGUUGACGUCGAUGCCAUUGUCAGCGGCUGGGGCACCCUCGCCUCUGGUGGCACUCAGCCCUCAGUCCUGAAUGAAGUCACCGUGCAGACCAUGUCCAAUGCCGAGUGUACCUCGGACCUCGGCCAGGGCCAGAUCGACUCCAGCAUGAUCUGCGCAGACGUGGACGCCGGCGGCAAGGACUCCUGCCAGGGCGACAGCGGCGGCCCGCUGGUGACCGACGUCAGCGGACGCUACACGCUCAUCGGCGUGGUCUCGUGGGGCUACGGCUGCGCCGUCCAGGGCUCUCCGGGCGUCUACUCUCGCGUCACCGCCGUCUCCGACUGGAUCUCCCAGACCACGGCUGGCUCUAAUCUGUGCUGAGCCCACCGCCAGUCUCUGCUGAGUCCUGACCACGACCGGAUCCAGUCUCCGCUGAGCCCACCGCCAGUCUCUGCUGAGUCCUGCGCCAGUCUCUGCGAGUCCGGCGCCAGUCUCUGGCGAGUUCUAAUCACAACCGGAGAAUUCUCCAUUGAAUCCCGACAUGUAAUGCCCUUUGUGACCAACACUGGUAAACUUUGUUAAGGCAUCACCUCUAGUCUCUAGCUGUUAGUGCUGGUGUUAGUCUUGUCGAAAAGGUUCCAGACUUUUUACUUUGUUUGUUUACUUUUUUACUCAUUCCACUGGUUCAGUCAUUUUUUUGGGAGUGUUCAAUAAAAGCAUGCAAUUCU